CCUCGCGGGCAACGGAGUCCUGCAAGCCUGGUGCCCUGGGCUGCGGCCCUGCUCCUCGCUCUGGGCGUGGAAAGGGCUCUGGCGCUACCCAAGGUACAGAAGCAAGUUUGAGAUCCGGCUGAAGCAGGGUAGCUGGCCAGCCGUCUGUUCCGCGCGCCCGCAGCUGUCCCCAUCGCCCAGCCGGCCCGCAGCUCCGACUUCGUCCCUGAAGCCUGCAGACCCCAGCCCCAGCCGUUCCCCAGGUAUGCACCCAGUGUCCAGGGAGUGUGCAAAAUUUGUCAGAAGUGGCCCUUUAUUGUAAGCGGACACCCGAACUAAUGCUGCACGCUCGCUGCUGCCUGAAUCAGAAGGGCACCAUAUUGGGGCUCGAUCUCCACAACUGUUCUCUGAAGGACCCUGGUCCAAACUUUCCUCAGGCACAUACUGCUGUCAUCAUAGACCUGCAAGCAAACCCCCUCAAGGAUGACUUGGCCAGUACUUUCCAUGGCUUUAUCCAGCUCCAGAUUCUGGUACUGCCACAAGAUGUCAACUGUCCUGGAGGUAUCAAUGCCUGGAAUACUGUCACCUCUUAUAGAGACAACCAAAUCUGCCAAGGGCAGAAGAACCUUUGCAAUAGCACUGGGAACCCGGAAAUGUGUCCUGAGAAUGGAUCUUGUGCACCUAAUGGUCCAGGUCUCUUGCAGUGUGUUUGUGCUGAUGGCUUCCAUGGGUACAAGUGUAUGCGCCAGGGCUCAUUCCCACUGCUUAUGUUCUUCGGGAUUCUGGGAUCCACCACACUAUGUAUCUCCCUUCUGCUUUGGAGGACCCAGCGCCGAAAAGCUAAGGCUUCAUGAACCACGUAGGUCUUCCUUCUGACCUAUGAUCAUUCUGAUCUACCUUAGCCCAUCCAAGGAGAUUUUCUAGACAGCCAUCAUUGGCCCACGGAUCCUCCUCAAGGCUGGGGCCACCACUGGAAGGAAGACGGAAAAUUGCACCAACCUGGAGUGUUGUGGACACUCCAGGUCAAGCGUGGACUUGCACCAGUUCCCAUUUGUGCUGCUGACUGUAAUAAACACUUCUUUUCUCUUUU